UCAAAUUGCGUCGAUAUGCGCAGUCGGCACUGCACUCGGGGUCCAUGGUGGGCUUGUCUGUGUUUUUCUUUUGUUUAAAUAUAAGGAUGCGUCCGUCUAAACUUGCUUCUUGAAUUCUUGGUUUUUCAUGAUCAUUCAGUUGGGGAAUUUCAAAACCGAAAUUCCCCGUGGUCGCGCUCUAGCUGUCUGUCCGCUUUCCGCUGCUUCUUCCAUUUUGUCCACUUUGCUUCGGUCGGGCUGCUCGGUCAAAAUGUUUUGUUUGUGUCCUUCGUGUUUGUAAAAGCUGCGUGGCCUACUCUCUGUAGUCCCCACUCUGCAUGUGUUGCUCACCGUGUAGCCCAUCUCUUCGUCUGAAGUCCGGUUGGCGUUUCAUUUGUUCGAGCGACAAAACGUUGGCCAUAUUGUGAUCGAAUUGAAAAAAGGAGCCUUUGCAUCUUGUGCUACAAAAUUUAUUUGUCGAUUUAGAACCUCGAAGCCCUGCACUGGGGUUGACUUUCAGCUUGACAUUGUAUAUUUAAUAAACUCAGACAAGGACAGGUUUGAAGGACUCUGAUGGAUGGUGAAGGUAUGGAUCCCGAUAAAGACCAAAAACCCAAUACUGAGGACCUCAAAACAUUUCUAGAGCAGACUCAAUCUGAAAGUAACUCCUCCAACAAUGACGACCUUCAGGCAGCAAGAACCAGCAUCUGUGAUCAACAAAAUGAAAGAGACGAGCUGGAUACGGAAAAUGCUACUACUCACGGUGGUGAAGUAAGUUGUGACUCGAGAGGCGAUGGACAAGCUCAGAAGCCACUGAGUGGCUGCGUUACUGUCAUCGCUUUGAAAGGAAAUGGGCGGGGUUACAUCAUUGAAGGCUACAUCUUUAUUCGAGAUCGUUGCCGGAAUGGCAACAUUACCUCAAAUGUCGGAAUCGUUCCUGUAAGGCGCGCGCCAUCAUCAGCCGCUUGAACUAUGUUUCGCUGGCUGGAUCUGGUCAUGAACCUCAGUGCCCACCGGCAGGGAACAUCUUAAACUAUAACUGCUUGAGUCAGAUCAUCCCUACCUGCCCAAACUCGUUGCCACGAAAUCCCACAACGCAUCGUCUAUUCACACGAGAUGAAUACUUCCCUGAAGUGGUUCCUGAUGCCUGUGAAUCAGAGAACUUUCAUGUGAGCUGUCCCUAUCCGAAUUGCGAUGACUUCCCGGAUCAAGGUGAUGCUCUCAGAUACCCUGAAGAUGAUGCCGAUGUUGGAAGUUACGAAUACGACGAGGCAGAUGAAGACGAUCAGGACUAUUUGUUCUUUUCCUCUACGCCCCAUUCAAAUAUCAACGGCACCACUUACUCCCGACUACAGCACGCUGUGGCAUUGCCUCCUCAAUCCAGACCACCAAAACGUGCCAGAUGCCCAGAUACAUGUAAUGACAUUUCUGUUUCCACUCUGAGAGGUUACCGGCCAUACCCUGUUGGUAUCAACCCCAGCGCCCACAUGACAGAAAAAGCUCCAGACAUCAAUUGUGACAUCCAAGCACCGCCAGCUAAAAAACACCACGCUAUUCCCAUCCCACAGAGACUUGCUCCUCCUGUGCAAAAUUCGGAACAAAUACAGGCCAUUUUUAAGGCUCUAAGUGACGUACGCAAGAAAGUCAAACAGCUUCAUAAUCGACAGAAUUUCCCACCUCUGAAGAAUGACUUAAUUCUUCGCGCAGCACGUGGAGAGAAGACGGAAAGGGUACCAGUCUGGGUCAUGAGACAGGCAGGACGAUAUCUCCCAGAGUUCCAAGCCACAAGGAAGGAGCACGACUUUUUUGAAAUAUGCCAAACUCCAGAACUUUCCUGUGAAGUCACACUACAGCCCAUCGCCCGGUUUGACCUAGACGCAGCUAUCAUUUUCUCUGAUAUUCUUGUCAUUCCUCAAGUCCUUGGCAUCCAUGUUGAGAUGAUCUCAGGAAAGGGGUUGGUAUUUGACAACACACUGAACUGCCCUGAAGACCUCGCCAGGCUGAAAAGUGAUGUGGAUGUCACCGAAGCCUUGAGUUAUGUCUUUGAUGCCAUCACCUUGACCAGGAGACGACUUGAAGGAAAGGUUCCACUUAUUGGCUUCUCUGGAGCACCGUGGACUCUGAUGGGAUAUUGCAUCGAGGGUACAGGGAACUCGACCACUCUCAGCAAAGCCAAGAAGUGGCUGUACGUUUACCCAGAGCAGAGCCACAAGUUCCUUCGGCUGCUGACUGACAAGAUCGUAGACUAUCUAGUGGGACAGGUGUUAGCAGGUGCCCAGCUCUUACAGGUUUUUGACUCCAAUGUUGGGGUGUUAGGCUAUGACCUCUUCAUGACCUUUGCCUUGCCCUACCUGAAAGAGAUUGUGACCAGAGUAAAGAGCACUCUUCGAGAGACAAACACUGAACCAGUCCCCAUGAUUGUGUUUGCCAAAGGUUGCCACUAUGCCAUAGAAGAGCUUUCCAAAACGGGAUAUGAUGUCGUCAGUUUGGACUGGACCAUUCACCCAGAAGUAGCAAGGUCCCAGGCCGCCUCCGCUGUGUCUCUGCAAGGAAAUCUAGAUCCCUGCGCUAUGUAUGGCAGUAAGGAUGACAUUGAAGGACUUGUGGGUAAGAUGUUAAAUCGCUUUGGCACGCAGCGGUACAUUGCCAACCUGGGCCAUGGUGUGUACCCCGAUUUUGAUCCCGAGCACGUCAGGACGUUCAUAGACACUGUCCACGCUCAGUCCGAAGCUAUUAACAAGAGGGACGCCGCAGGAAAUAUGAGAUGAAGCUGACAAGGGGAAUGCGAACUGAAAUCUCUGAUUUAAAGCUUGAGCAAUUCUUGAACAAGCAACUCGAGCAGUAUCCAGUAGGACAUUUCUCUGUGGAUAGAUUUGUAUGAAGGUGUCAAUGCCCUAAAGUUUUGUUGAAUUUUGCCACGUUGUUCUCCCUUGGAGAUGUUUUGAUACAGUUGAAAAGUAGAAAGUUCAAAGUGAAAAGAUAAAACGAUUUCCCACAUGAAAUGUCGUAGCUUAUUUUUUGAUAUUGAAAUAUUGCUUAAUCAGUGCAAGUCAUCUGUAUCAAAACAAGCAAGUCGUUUUUCACGUUUCAGGCAACAGGACUAAGACGGUUUGUUUGGCUUCGCCUUAGUUUGCCUCUGUUCUUCAUUUUGUAAUUUCAAAAGUUUAUGCAGUUUGGGGGGAAAAGCUGCUGUUGUACUGCGAGUGAAUUUCUUCAGUGCAUGGAGAAUUGCUAUAACAUUGGAUUUUUGUGGGUACUCGUUUGUUUGGAACUCGGAUGGAAAGUAUUUUUUGGCACUUAAGCAAGAUGCACGAUGGUCAAGCUUUUGAAAAGUCUUUCACAGGCAAAGGUUUUAAUCGACUUUUUUUUUUAAUCAAGUCUGUAUCUACAUAAUCAUACAUACUCCAUUUAAUAAAUUGUUUUGCCGUACUAGUCAAAAUUCACUAAACUAGUCUACGUAAACACGUCUGCAUCAUACUUAAUUUGGACUAUUAAUCUCGUUAUAAACCUAUUCUCUGAGCAGAGUUCAUUCAAGAUACCUUUGUGAACAGAAAUUAUUGAUAAUUGGGAAUAAACGGCAGUAGUUUUUCUAAAGAAUCUCUGGAAAAGACUUGAAGAUGAUGAAAUCUAGAUCGUUAAUAAACAAUCCUACUUGUUAAAUUCCUGA